AUGACCACCGAAGCUCAAAUUGCUGAACAAGAGGUUUUGUCUACGACAGAGCAAAAACUUCAGGAGGAAUUACAUAUUGAGCAAGCUGUUCAAGACAUUGUACGUCUUAUAAAACAGGAUGCUCGAACAGCGCUACUGAUUGUUCAGUUACUGCGGAGAUACCAGUUGGAACGCAAUCAGGUUCUAGUUAAUGCUGCUCAGGCGGUGGAAGAGCAGAAUACUGAACUUCAGUCAGCAGCCAACGAGUCUGAGCAACCCAAUCCAGCCUUAACAGUUCGAGAAGAAUCUCCGCAGCCAGUAGUUUGCCCUGAGCAACCGGGUUCAUGCGCUUCUGUGAUUGUUCAGUACAGUAAUGUUCAACAACAAAAACAGCUUGGGUUAUCUCCUGUCCGAUCUGUAACGAGUAUUACUCCAAAUGUCGUGCCAUCAAAACCGAAGCCCAAAAAGAAGCUCUCUCAACAGAAGUUCGACAAGGAAGACCAUAAAGAUAAAACGUCUUCUUCGUACGAUAUGGAAGAUAUUUUUAAGAAAGUAAUUGAAAAUGCAUCUCGUGCUCUCAAUGAAAAGUUGAACGAUUUAUCCUCAUCUUCUGCUGAAUACAGCGCGUGUGAAGCAUCAGCUAUCUUGACAAAUACGGUCCACCAACAGCCACAGCAGCAAUUAAGUGAUCAACGGACGCUACAACAACCUCAGCAGCCUCAGCAGCCACAGCAUCAGCACCAACAGUCACAGUACAUAGUUGCCACAGCGUCGUCAGAACCUCAUUCUUGCAAACCAUUCUCGUCGUGUGAACAGUACUUACACCCCUACGUAUUGAAAGAAGCAUCUUCGAAUGAAUAUAGUGAUGGACAGAUGGCAGUUUCGGUAGAGCCAAAUAGCGACCGUUAUCAAGAACGUGUAGAAAUCGUUGAAGAAGGAGCUGUUGUGCAAAGCGUUGUUCCGUUUCAGCAUUAUUCCAAAAAUCAAGCAUUUGAUGAUUUAAUGGAUGUGCUUCGCGACGAUCAAGGUCUUGGUGAGUGUCGGUCAAAUGGAGGAGAAAGUGGGAUUGCCAGUUAUGCUUCUGAUGAAAUUGCUACCUUAUUUGGGGAGGAUUGGUUUGAUCAUGACAGUACCAUGCACGCAACGCCGUCAUACAAGCAAGGUUAUGAAAAGGACGUUGAAGAACAUGGCAGCGGUCAAACUUCUGUCAGAGACGCUGAACACACGGUCCUUUCGGGCACUGAAGAAAGCGUGUCACAAUCGAAAACCAAUGCUGCUUCAGAUCAGGGGCUCUGUAUGGAGUGGCUGGAUAUGAUUCUUCCCUCGCCAGACCACGCUAGUGUGGUUAUUAACCAGGAGCAUGUGCUCGUUGCUAAUUCCUUUGGCUGA